UUUCAGCGGUUUAUCGUGCAAGCAUGCUCGAAGCCAUCCAACCGUCGCCAUGUUACAGCAGGACCGUAACUACGUAAAUUAUUCACAAGAAUUCUUGCCAAAGAAGAUAUAAACAAUCCCGAGCUCUUAUAUUCAAGACAUUUAKGGACUUCAAAGCAUCAAAUACAUGGGAUAUGGGAGGAUUUAACCUGUGAAUUGCACGAAUAUUCUGUGGUCGACACAGUGCUUAUCUUGGUAAAACUUUCUUGAUCAUGAACGGCAGUGUAACUGCGUCAGAUGAAUGGGGAACAGACUUUUUAACCCGUUACACCAGUCAUUCAUCGCGGCAUUCAAGCCCAGAGAAGACAUCGGAGCAAGAUCGCUUUGGAUCACCUAUCUUUGGCAGUCCUGAUAGACAAUUCUGUAGAAGAGAUAACGUUGACCAAUGCCUUGCUUUUCUAAACCAGGAGGUAAAGAUCCUGGGAUUUCAACCACUUUACACAUCAUUAAAUCAAGAUUUGUCUGAUUCCUUUGAUAUUGUUAGACUUAUAAACUGUACAUAUGAACUACUACAACUACAACAGCAAAACUCAAAAGUAAGGACAUCACUGGAGGAAAGGAAUCUUAGAGCAGAAUGUGACAAUGAAUAUCUUGUACAAAGUCAGAAAAGACUAAAGGCUCAAGUGGAAACACUUGAAAGGGAAGUAUCCAUGGCAACAGAGAGAGAACGACAGCAGCAAAUCAAAAUUAACAAGUUAAAGGAACAAUUAAAAAGUGAAAAAGAUGAGGUGAAGAAAACAAAGUCCAAUUUCCAGCAGCUUCAGAAUCAAUUCAGCCAUGAAAAUAAAAAGAAUGAGAGGGAAAUGGUAAAAUUAAAGGACAGAGUUCACCAGAUGUUGUCUGAUAAAAGCCGUGAAAAGAAAAUAGGAAUGGAACUCCUUAACUCAAUACAAAGAGCUGAUGGCAAAAGAGCCACAUGGAAAACUGGAAACAGGAGCGAAGAGGAGAUGUACAGAUUACUUGUUACAAACUAUGAAGCAAGACAAAAGGAGUUGAUAAAGGAAAACAGUGAUCUUCGUAGUUCUUUGUUGGACAUGCAGGCUGAGUUGGUCAGUGCACUGAAUCAAAAGCAAUCAGGAUAUGACAGUGAUUCUGAGGGAGGAAUGAGUGAUGAAUGUUCAGGACUUUCAGUCAGGAGUUUACCAGCGGGACAUUUUAACAUGCCAUAUGAGAUGGUUAGAGAAGGAAUAGAAAAAAGUAUGCGUGAYAAAUGGCGAGUUCUCAAGUCACGUUUAGAGCAGGCAAAUAAAGGAUCAUCAUCAAGCUCACCAGAAGACAGUCAGGARAAAACACAGUUGAAAGAAGAACUUGACAAACUAAGAAAGCAACUUGAAAACUACAGACACAUUGUACAGCARCAAGAAGCCUUGAUAGAGUCCAUGCAGGAAAAAGAAAAUGACAGUGGACAGAAAGACAACUCUUUUCUGAGUGACUCAAGGAUGUGCGAAGACUGGGAAAGACUUAAACAAGAAAAGAUUAUGUUCACUGAGCAAAAAAAUCACUUUGAUGAAGAAAGAAAGAGAUUCACUGAAGCAGCUGCCAAGUUUAGUUAUGAGCGCAAGAAGUUUGAAGAUGAAAGAGCAAAUUUUAUUAAACAACAACUGAUGAUUACACCUGCACAGAGAAAGAUUUCACCAAGUUUUAAAAAAUUACGAUCCGUGCAAACCCCUAGUACCCAGGACCUAUACCGAGCACUAUCUCUUCGAACCGACGAUGCAGAAAUCGCUAAUGAAACACCAAGAACUCAGAAUAAAGGAGAASCAUUCUCCACAACAACAACCCGAAUAUCACCCGACUUCACCUCGAGAAGUCGACGGAUUAACGAGCAUGCAGAGAACGUAAAACGAGCCUUGCAGCUUAAGCAAGGAAGUCCUCAAGAAUAAACGAUGUCUGUCAUCUCUAGAUGCACUGUAAACUAUCCACACUCUUUACAAAAACCUGUUUUAUACUUUYUCCGUGCACUGCGGCCAGUAUGUACAUGUUACCUUUUUGCAGAUWCGACURAACACUGUAUUACAAGAAACUAAAACUUAUCUAAUUGUAGAUACAACAAAAUAGUAAAACUUAUCUGUUUUACAGAGUCUUCUUGUGACUUGCAAAAAAACCUAUAUAUAAAACAGACUGCAUGCUUUUAGAUUACAACUUAAAUUAAAUGAGGAACAAUUCCAAAUAAAAUUCUCUAUUCUUGUAAUGCACAUUCAGCACAUGUAAAUAAAGAAUAUCAACAAGA